CACACACACACACACACACACACAGUUAAUCCACUUAUAAAGUUACAGGUGCACACAGUUAUAGGCUACACAGUAUUACCAUAGAGUAUUACAGCUGCAUGUGAAACAGGAAUAGGCUUACAUCUCUAGCCAGUCACAUGAUACAAACCCAAGCCUUGCAUUUGAUGGAAGGGUGUUUCCAUGGCAACUCCACCAUGUUCCUGUCACCAGUAAAAUUGUGAAUGGAUGCAAGUCAAGACUGCAGAGUUCUGGAAACAUGCACAGGAAGGCAAAUGAUAUGUUAAUUUACAUUUAAAACAUAUUCAAUAUGUGAGAUAACAUUUAGAGACAUGAGUGCUCAGGUGGGGACAGAGUCUUUUUUCUAUUCAACUAUAGGCUAUGCUAGGCUAUGAACUAACCAUGGAGUCUAGUGUAGGCUAUGUCAAAUUAUAGGACAUUCUGGAAGAUUUUAUGAAUGUUGUAUCAGAUUAUCCUAUCAAUUAUUUUUUAUUUAAUUAAAGCUACAGAACCAAUAGAUAGAGGCCUAACAUUAGAGAUCACAUUCAUAUUAGCCUACUUGAAUGAAUGAAGUAUAUUUGAAUUUAGAAUGGCUAAAGGUAAUUUCCAUGAGGGGUAAUCUCUGUGAGCUUGAAAAACAUCACUAGACAACUGUGGUACAGGACCACAGGUGGUGGCUUACAUUCAGUUGAUAGCCUAGGCCUACUAUGACAUCUGACUGAGGGGGACCUUAUUCCUAUUUCCUAUCUCUAGCUAUCACAAUCAAGAUUUUAAUCAAUUAAAAAUAAGUCAGUCUACACUUGGACAGCAUCCCUGUGGCGCAGGCUCCAUCCCUGGGAGAUCUAAGGGGGCGUUUCUAGCGUGUGGCAGAGAGGCGUGGCGGAGGUGGGUGUGUAUGAACCAGCUGAUACACGCAUCCGCUGAUGCUGCCAUCAUCCUACUGCCGCCUCGAAGGUGCGAGUAGCCUAUAGAGCGCUGGCCAUCCACACUACAACCCAAGCUAACAUUGGACCACGGAGUGCAGCAGGCGCCAAAUGAAAAACCUGUCAGUGAAACAAGGACGAAUUUGCGCAUCCAAAGCGGUCUUUGUGCAGCUGUGAACAAUUUGUAGGUCAGCUAGAAAUGGUUCCACAUGACAAAGUGGAACAAGUUGAGGAUGUAAGCUACAAGAUGUCCAGCUGAGGAGAUUGCCUGAUGAGAGUCAACCUUAUGUCUGAGGUUGUCUGUUUGGCUUCUGCACUCCAAGGCUUGGUCUUUUUGGAUUUCAAAUGGUUGGGGGUGUAAACCCACUGUUCUACAAGUGGCUGUCUGUGUGAAACCUGCGUGAGAGUUGUGUGUAUUGACAGGCUGCAGUGCUAGCCUCAGCACUGGUUGUGGCUUAAACACCCUGGAGGUCCCCCUGGUGUCAGGUGCAGAGUGAUUGCCAUUGCCACAGCAAGGACCCCGCUCCCCUCCCCCCCCCUCCCCCCUCUGGUGUGGCCAUGGGUAGCGUUGGCAGUGGAGUUGCGGGUGAGCAGGAGUUUGCCAUGAAGAGUGUUGGCACCAGGACCACGCUGCCCCGCAUGGCGCCUCACCACCUGCCCCGCCGCAGUCACAGUGCCGAGCGCGUACCGCCUCCACUCCUGCCCCCCCUCAUCCACCCCAUGUCAGAGGGCACGGAGGGGGGCACGGAGGGGGGCUCCAGCGACGGGCGCAGCAGCAGCGCCACCUCCGACCGACCCCCGCCCACCACCAGCAUCGAGUCGUCCAGCGUGCUCACCUCACCGCCCACCGAACGCGCCGACCGCGCCUUCCGGGAGGUCCACAGGGGCGUGCUGGCGCUCGACCUGUGCGGGAACGUGGUGGCCGCCGCGGCCGCGGCCAGUCACGAAAAGACUGCCCACCGCGUGCGCAUGGCGACCGGGCAUCAGCAGCAGAGUCGAGAAGCCAGCAAGGCCAAAGCCAUGGCAGGGGCCGCCGCCGCUGCAGCUGCUGCCAUGGCUGCUGCCAACAACCCCAAACCCAAACUGAAGCCCAAGCCCAAACCAGAGAAGACGCCCCCCAAACUCCUGCCUGUCUCGGGGAAACUGGAGCAUGUGCGGGAAAAGAAUAACUCAGCCUUGGUGCGCCCCUCUGCCUUCAAGCCUGUGGUGCCCAAGAGCUUCCACUCCAUGCAGAACCUGGUUGGCCAGGCUGGUGGAGGAGGUGGAGGAGGUGGAGGAGGUGGAGGAGGGAGAUCUGCUGGAGGGAGAGCAGGAGGAGGAGGAGACAGCUCCAACAUCCCACAGCCUCUCCGAGAGCUGGACAGCCCUCCGGGAGACAACAAUGGUAACGGCGCGGGCGGCGGAGGUCAGAGUGGCAUGUCGGACUCGGGCAGCAACUCCCUGAGCAGCCUGCCCACCUACACCAGCUCGGGGCCGCCUGCCCUCGGACCCCUCAGUGCCUCCACCAGCCAGCUCAACCGGCUGGGCACCAGCGCCGCUCCUGCCGCCAGCGCCAGUGUGGGCACCAACACGGCCGGGGGCGCCACAGGCGGCGGCCCGGGAGACCGGCUGGACAAGCCGGCCUACCAGAACGGCCUGGGCCUCAGCGCCUCGGACAGCGGGCGCUCCUCGUCCGGUAAGAGCUCCUCGUCCUAUCCGCGGCUCUGUCACCAGGUGGACAUCCCCACCACGGUCCGCCCCUCCCCAUCCUCCGAUGACAUCAUACAGGACCUUGAGGACCGACUCUGGGAGAAGGAGCAAGAGGUGCUCCACAUGCGCCGCAACCUGGACCAGAGCGAGGCGGCCAUCGUGCAGGUGUUUGAGGAGAAGCAGCGCGUGUGGGAGCGCGAGAUGGAGGACCUGCGGCAGAACUACGCCGUGCGGCUGCAGCAGGUGACGCGGCGCGCCCAGCGAUCCCAGCAGGCCCUGCAGAGCCACGUGACGCGCCUGCAGCAGGACAAGGCCCGUCUGCAGGACGAGAUGGCCUCCCUGCUGGCCCAGCGCGAGGAGCUGGAGAGGAAGUGCCUGGACUACAGGAAGGAGCAGGCCGACAUCCUGCCGCGCCUGGAGGAGACCAAGUGGGAGGUGUGUCAGAAGGUGGGUGAGAUCUCGCUGCUGAAGCAGCAGCUCCGUGAGAGCCAGGGCGAGGUGACGCAGCGGGCCAGUGAGAUGCUGUCGCUCCGGGGGCAGCUGAAGGAGCUGACGGCCCAGCUCAAGCACCAGGAGGAGGCCAUCCUGGGCCUCAAGGAGUCCUACAACUGCAAGAGCCUGGAGCUCAAACGCUGUGAGGCAGAGCUGCAGAGGACUUUGGCUGAGGUGUCCAUGUUGAGAGAUAAGCUGCUGGUGUUUGAGGCGGAGGUGCUGGGGCUCCGUCGGGCUCUGGGGGAGAGGAGCCAUGGCCACGAGUCGGCAGGUGGGAGUCUCUCCUCGGGCCACUGGGCCAGCCUGCCCUGCCGGAACCCGUCCGACGGCAGCCUGAUGCCGCUCUCGUCCCAUCCCGCGCUGCCCCUGUCGCUGCCGCCGUCCGAGGCGCUGCUGAGCCUGCAGAGCGACGAGGCCAAGGCGCAGCGGCGCGAGGCGGGCGACCUGCGGCGCCAGCUGGAGCGCCUGCAGGAGGAGCUGCGCGCCGAGCGGCAGCAGCGCGAACGCCAGGCGCUCACCUUCGCCCAGGAGCGCCACGUCUGGCACGACGAGAAGGAGCGCGUGCUCAAGUACCAGGCGCAGCUGCAGCUCAGCUACGUGGAGACGCUGCAGAAGAACCAGGCCCUGGAGCGCCGCGUGGGCCAGCUGGGCCAGCGACUGGCCUCCUCGUCCUCCUCCUCACCCUGCCCGUCGCCCGGAUCACCCCCGCCCACCACUGCCCCCACGCCUCCCACCAUCCUGCAUCCCCCCCCGCUGCCCCUCUCCCCACCCCCCUCCAUCCCCACCCCUGAAGAGCUCAAGCUGCCCCCCUCGCUCCACCAGCUGGCUCCACCCUGGCCCGGGCCCUCCAGGCUGGAGCGGAUCGAGUCCACAGAGAUUUGAGUGGGCCACUGAGUGAGUGGGCUAGUGAGGGUUGCCCUCUGUCAGGAGAUAACCAGCAGACAAGGUCCAGAAGCCCCUCAGCCCCACAUGCUCUUAGAAGACACAAUGUGCUGGUUUCUUGAGUGAGGUGGAAUUUAAAAAAAAAAAAAAAAAAACCUUUGGCUUAAUCAAAACUCCCAUUUCUUUCUUUCUGUCACUCUCUCGUUUC